AAGAAGUAAUUAUAGCUCAGCUGGAUCAGGAAAGUUUAUCAUUUUCCAAUUAGAAAUAGUUCUGCUUGGAUCUCCCAUCAUGAAUCGCUGGUUAAAUCGUGUGGCCGUUGUUACUGGUGCCAGUUCUGGGAUCGGAGCUGCCUGCUGUCGAGACCUAGUGUCCAAAGGAAUGGUCGUCGUGGGAUUAGCUCGUCGGGAGCAGCGUCUCCAGGAGCUUAAGUCUUCCCUGCCCUCCGACCAGGGAGCUCGUUUCCACGCCCGUUCCUGUGACGUCAGCGUGGAGCAACAGAUUAAUGAUGCCUUCGCCUGGAUCGACAAGACUUUGGGUGGUGCCGAUGUUCUGAUCAACAAUGCCGGCAUUGUUCGACGAAUAAAUAUCACCGAUGAGGGAAACUCAGCCGAUCUUCGGGCCAUAAUAGACACCAAUGUGCUUGGAGUUAGCUGGUGCACCCGUCAAAUGUUCCUUUCGCUGCAGCGCCGGAAGGUGAACGAUGGUCAUGUCGUGCUGAUCAACAGUGUGGUGGGUCACAAGGUGCCUGUGGUGGAGGGAUUCAGCCUAAACAUGUAUGCUCCCUCGAAACAUGCCAUCACAGCCUUGACUGAGAUCCUGCGCCAGGAGUUCAUGAACCAAGGAUCCAAAACUAAGGUGACGAGUAUUAGUCCCGGAGUUGUGAACACAGAAAUUUUUGAUAAGGGGUCUGUGGAAAUACAAUUUGGAAUGCCAAUGCUGCGCUCUGAGGAUGUGGCAGAUGCGGUUUCAUAUUGCAUCCAAACGCCACCGAACGUUCAGAUUCAGGAGCUUACAAUCAAGCCGGUGGGAGAGCGAUUCUAAUGAAGCAGGUGUUUUUUGCGGAAUUCGUAAACAAGUAAAUAUAUAUUGCCAAUAAAAAAAAUGAGCAAGCA